AUGGCUGCAUGCCUGGAUGACAUUGACUGGAAGCAGACACUGAAAGAAACCCUGAAAGGGAAGUAUGGACCAGUGUUUGAAGGGACAGCAAACCAGGGGGAUGCUGCAUUUAUCAGUGAUAUCUACACUGACCUGUACAUCACAGAAGCUGGGAAUGAAUGGGUCAAUGAACAUGAGAUGAGGCAGAUCGAGACAAAAUUUAGGAAUCAAGUUAGACAGGAGAGAGCUCACCGACUAUAUGUCAUAAAUUUACACUGCAAUGGCAUCUUUAAACCCUUUCCUAGCCAAGAGCAUCCCACCAGGACUGUAAUGACAAUGGGAAUAGCUGGAAUUGGAAAAACAGUCCCUGUCCAGAAGUUCAUCCUUGACUGGGCAGAAGGAAAAGCAAAUCAGGAUGUUCAUUUAAUGUUUCCUCUUCAGUUCCACGAUCUUAAUCUUGAAGAGGGUAAAAAGUUCAGUCUUAUGGGACUUCUUCAUCACUACUUUCCAGAACUAAAGAAAAUGAAACUGUUUGAAUUUCAUAAAUUCAAAGUUUUGUUCUUCCUUGAUGGUCUGGAUGAGUGUUACUUUUUUUUCUAG